AUGUUAUCUUCAGGUUUUGCUAAAAUUUCGAGAACGGUGCUGUUAAGACAGCUAUCGGCAAGAUAUGUCAGCACUACAAUGAGGCUUUCGAAAGCCCAGGUAUUCGCCAUGCCAGCCAUGUCACCUACGAUGGAGAGAGGCGGUGUUGUGGAGUGGAAGUACAAAGUUGGUGAGAAGUUCUCUGCAGGCGAUGUAAUCUUGGAGGUCGAGACUGACAAGGCACAGAUUGAUGUUGAAGCGCAGGAUGAUGGUCAAUUAGCCAAAAUUAUUGUAGACAAUGGUGCCAAGGAUGUAGUUGUGGGUGAACCAAUAGCAUAUAUUGCAGAGGUCGAUGAUGAUCUAGCUACGCUGGAGCUACCAAAGGCAGCUGAAAAGUCCAAGGCACCCCCAAAGAAGCAAGAUGAAGCGAAGAAGAACGAUGAAGUGAAAAAAGCUCCAGCUAAACCAAAAUCAACUGAGACAAAGGCAACGUCUAGUGAGACUCUACAAAAGGCUGACCCAAAACAAACUUUGUUCCCCUCUGUCAGCUCUCUGCUAGCUGAAAACGGUAUCUCAAAGGAGGAUGCCUUCAGUAACAUUAAAGCAACGGGAAAAGCCGGUAGACUAUUGAAAGGUGAUGUGUUGGCAUACCUGGGCAAAAUCUCUACUGAAUCUAAUGUCAAAAUCGCGGAUUAUAUCAAGAGCGGCGAACGUUUGGAUUUGUCCAACAUCGAAUUGAGAGUCCCAGAGUCAAAGCCAGCUGUGAAAGAAAACGCACCUGUGGCAAAGUCUGAACCUGUGAUUCUCAGUGAACAGCUGGUUUUAGAGUGUCCAGCCAAUGUACAGGAGGAAGAAUUACAAAGAUCAGUUCGCGCAUUCUUGCAAGAAGCGUACCACUACACUCACGAAGCUCCUCUGGCAAAUGCCAGGUCGGAUCGAUUUGAUCCAAUUUUUGAAGAUUUGAUCACCGCUGCACCAAGUCAGCCAAGAUUCAAAUACACUUAUCAGCUUAUCUCGUUGACCGAUGAAAUUACACCAGCAGGUCAUCAAGAUAUCUUUGACUUAUUAUCUGGGUCGGAGACAACCCAGAGAGUCAACGCUACUGACGGUGACAGCGCCGCCAAGAAGGAAUAUGUGUUGAACUUCAAUGUGCAAGUAAAUGAAAAGUUCGAUGAUGCUAAUGAAAAAUCCCAGAGAUUUGUUGAUUACUUAAAACAAUUGCAAUUUGUAUAG